AUGAUGAGGACGGUGGCGGCGGUGGCGGUGGCCGUGCUGCUGGCGGCCGCGGUGGCGGCGGAGGCGAGCGAGCUCAAGGUGGGGUACUACGACAAGAGCUGCCGGGGCGUGGAGAACGUGGUGAAGUGGCACGUCGCCAGGGCCAUCAAGGCCAACCGCAAGAGCGGCGCAGCCCUCGUCCGCCUCAUCUUCCACGACUGCUUCGUCAGGGGUUGUGACGCGUCGGUUCUGCUGGACCCGACGCCGGAGAACCCCAACACGGAGAAGACGGCGCCGAUCAACAUCGGCCUGGCUGCCUUCGACCUGCUCGACGACAUCAAGUCGGCGGUGGAGGACCGGUGCCCCGGCGUCGUCUCCUGCGCGGACAUCCUCAUCUUCGCCGCCCGCGACGCCGCCAGCCUGCUGAGCAACGGCCACGUCCACUUCGACGCCCUGGCGGGGCGCCUGGACGGCGUGCACUCCCACGCGGCGGAGGCGCAGCAGGACCUCCCCGACUCCACCUUCACCAUCGCCGAGCUCAUCCAGAACUUCAAGCGCAAGAACUUCACGAUCGAGGAGCUGGUGAUCCUGUCCGGCGCGCACGCCGUGGGCGUGGGCCACUGCUCGUCGCUGCGCGCCCGGCUCACGGCGCCCGCCGACCAGAUCCUCCCGGCCUACCGGGGCCUCCUCGCCGGGAAGUGCGCCAAGGGCCCGGACCCCAUCGUGCCCAACAACAUCAGGGACGAGGACGCCGGCGCGGUGGCGGCCGCCGUCCCGGGGUUCCUCCCGAAGCUGAGGAAGGUCAAGGACUUCCUGGACAACAGCUACUACCACAACAACCUGGCGAGGAUCGUCACCUUCAACUCCGACUGGCAGCUGCUGACGGAGAAGGAGGCGCGGGGCCACGUGCACGAGUACGCCGACAACGGCACGCUCUGGGACGAGGACUUCUCCGACUCGCUCGUCAAGCUCAGCAAGCUGCCCAUGCCGCACGGCAGCAAGGGCGAGAUCAGGAAGAUGUGCCGCUUCGUCAACCACCACUGA